AAGCAAAGCAAAACGUCAACUUGUCACUUCGUCUUCGUCACCCCAAGAACCAGAGACGAAACACGAAAGAAAAAUUAUCGAUUUAAUUCUAUUCGAGUUGAGUGUUUUUUUAUUUGGAAUGGCUGACAACAAAAAUGAUAAUUAUCCCCAAUUGCCAAGUGCCCCAAACGGUGGACAACAACAAUUCCAAUUAGAUCCUAGUCUUUACCACCGACCUCCUCCACCAACUUACGAGGAGAGUCAACGAUGGAAUCCACAGCCAAUGUAUGCUCCACAGCAAGGUGGUGGCAAUUUUUAUCCUUCGAUGAGUGGCAACCCUCCGCCCUAUGCUGGUAUCCAGCAACCCAGUUUGCAAUAUGCCCAACAACAACAACACCAUCAACAUCAACACGCAUUAUCAGGAUUUGCGCCAAAUCAUCCUCAAUAUGCAUUCAAUUAUACUCCCCAACAACAGCAGCAGCAAAUGCCUGCAGGAGCACAAAUGUCACCACAACAGCAGAUUUCCAAUAGAAUGGCUUCGGUCAAUAUAAACCAAUAUCCGACUGUUACAUUUGAUGGUGGGGCACGUUUUACUGGACAAGGAGCUAUAAGUAUACCACCCCCACCUCCAGGUUGUGCACCAACUCCUGAACAGCUAGCCGCACUUCAAGGACAACCGGUGAUACUGAAGAAGAAAAAGAAUUCAUUUUUCUAAAGGACUUCCGUGUGUGUAAUUUGGUGUAGUAUCUCAGCGCAAAUAAAUAUUUUCUUUGUAUUUUGCGACAGAAGAGUUUUAUAAUCUUCUUGUUCUUCAUAUUCCAUGUGUUAUUGUUAAAAUUAAAAUUAAUAAACAAAAAAAUAAAUAAUAAAUUGACAAAUAAAUAAAACUUAU